GUCCAGAGGAAGCGAGGCGCGCAGAUGACGUGCGGCUCGCGGGGCAGCUCGGCAGCAUGGCGUCCGUGGCGCUGAGCGAGGCAGAGAAGGUGUACAUCGUGCACGGCGUCCAGGAAGACCUCCGUGUGGAUGGCCGUGGCUGUGAGGACUACCGAUGUGUUGAAGUGGAAACCGAUGUGGUGUCCAACACCAGUGGGUCUGCCAGGGUCAAGCUGGGUCACACAGACAUCUUGGUGGGAGUAAAAGCAGAAAUGGGGACACCGAAGCUGGAGAAACCAAAUGAAGGCUACUUGGAGUUCUUUGUUGACUGUUCAGCCAGUGCUACCCCUGAAUUUGAAGGUAGAGGAGGUGAUGACCUUGGCACCGAGAUCGCUAACACCCUCUAUCGGAUAUUUAACAAUAAAAGCAGUGUCGACCUAAAGACCCUCUGCAUUAGUCCUCGGGAGCACUGCUGGGUUCUCUAUGUGGAUGUGCUGCUGCUGGAAUGUGGUGGAAAUUUGUUUGAUGCCAUUUCCAUUGCUGUAAAGGCUGCUCUCUUCAAUACAAGGAUACCAAGGGUUCGAGUUCUGGAGGAUGAAGAGGGGUCGAAGGACAUUGAAUUGUCUGAUGACCCUUAUGACUGCAUACGACUAAGUGUGGAGAAUAUCCCCUGCAUUGUCACUCUGUGCAAGAUUGGCUAUCGGCAUGUGGUGGAUGCUACUCUUCAGGAGGAGGCCUGCUCGCUGGCCAGCUUGCUGGUGUCGGUGACCAGCAAGGGAGUUGUGACGUGCAUGAGGAAAGUGGGGAAGGGCAGCCUGGACCCAGAGAGCAUCUUCGAGAUGAUGGAGAUGAGGAAACUGAGGCACACAGAGGACAAGCAGCUUGCGUACAGGCCUCCCUGCUCAUAAAUACUGGAGCUAGGAUUUAAACCAAGACUGUGUGCGUCCAGAGCCCCUGCUCCCAGCCACUGUGCAAUGUCAGCCUUAUAAACCAGAUCUGCCCUGGCUGUCAUGGAUGGCAGAACCAGAGCUCUGUUCAGUGAGCUGAGCUUUGUCCUCCCCUCAGGUUUGGGGGAUGAGGUCUGCUAACUCUGGACAGGGGACUAUAGCUCUGUGGCCCUGUCUUACUGUUUAUCUCACACAGGGAUGCAGCAAUCUGGAAAAUGACUCGGUGGAGCUGAGAGCUUUGGGGAUAGUUGUGCAGGCUGUCACCCCUAGCUUCUGCAGUUGCUUUCCUGCAUCUGGAUUCAGAGGCAUCAAGGCCCUCUCAAGUCCUGGCAUCCUGUCCAUCUCAUCUCCUCUUGCUGUCCUCUCUCCCCACCCUCAUGUAUAUGAAUAAUCAGUACCCCUAUUUGACAGACUCAGACUUUUUUUUCUUUUUCUAAUGCUAUGGGAAAAUCUUUCCAAAGGCCCUUUUUUUUUUUUUUUUUUUUUUUUUGAGAUGGAGUCUCACACUAUUGCCCAGGCUGGAGUGCAGUGGUGCAAUCUCAGCUCACUGCAACCUCCGCCUCCCUGGUUCAAGUGAUUCUGCCUCAGCGUCCCGAGUAGCUGGGAUUACAGGUGCCUGCCACCACUCCCAGUUAAUUUUUUUGUAUUUUUAGUAGAGAUGGGGUUUCACUAUGUUUGCCAGGCUGGUCUUGAACUCCUGACCUCGUGAUCUGCCCACCUCGGCCUCCCACAGUGUUGAGAUUACAGGCAUCAGCCACUGCAUCCAGCCCCGAAAGGCCUUUUUGACCUUUGACCCUGACUUUGCAUUUCAUAGAGGUGAUCACUUCCCAGCCUUUUAGAUCGAAAUCAUCUUUUCAUAAGAGUUUUAGUCAUACUUGGGAUCUCAUUCCAUGUUACAUUUAGGGGCCAGGGGAGAAGACACACAAGUCAUUACUCUGGGGAGAAUACACCUGUAACUGAAGAGAUUGAGGCAGGGAUUUAGGCAUGGAUGUUUUUAUCUCAACAUUGUUGAGAAUGGAACCAGUGGCAGAGUUGAAUCCAAACUGCUAUGGGAAUGUGAAAGACUUGAUAAGGUAGAGAUUUGUGGUUGGUUCUUUGUAUUCUUAAAAUGAUUCUUGGGCCCAGAGACAGAUAGAAUAACAGUUUCAUAAAGAAAAAUAUAUUUUUUUAUAUUGGGGUGGUGGUUUUUUGAGACAGGGUCUUGCUCUGUUAUCCAGGCUAGAGUACAGUAGCACAGUCACAGCUCACUGCAGCCCUGACCUCCUGGGCUCCGACAAUCCUCCCAUCUCAGCCCCCUGAGUAGCUGGGACUAUAGGUGCAUACCACCAUGCCCAGCUAAUUUUUAGUUUUUUGUAGAGAUGGGGUUUCACUCUGUUGCCCAGGCUGGUCUUGAUCUCCUGGCCUCAAACAAAAUCCUCUUGCCUUGGCCUCCAAAAGUGCUGGGAUUACAAGCAUGAGCCACUACUCCUGGCCAUAUUGAGUUUUGUUUUGUUUUGUUUUGUUUUUGUUUUUGUUUUUUUUUACCUCUCGUGUCUGCUGUGUAGGGACUGAUUAUUAAUUUUGUGGGUUGUCCCUCUUGAUGUGUUUUGAUUCCAACAUUUCACUGCCUUUAGCAUUUCAGCAUGGCAGUAAACACCAAAGAUCCCAUCCAGGUACUGACUUUGGUCAUACCUGAGCAGUUCUGCUUAGAGGCUUCAUGGGAGGUGAAUGAGAAGCUGCUUACUAAAAUGUCCUUGGCAUCAUCUGUUUCUUCUCCAGACAGACUCUGGAUUCCCUGUGGUCUCCCUAUAGUACAGUGUCACCUGGCUGUACCCAAGCCCAGAUUUGGUUGACAACUUUGUUGCUUGUUGCAGUGGCAGCAGGAUAAUGAAGCAUGAGCUAAUGGCCAGGGCAGGCUUUGCUGCUGUCUCUUUGUUGCCUGGUGGGAGCUGGUGUUUGUCUCUCUUUAUUUUUUUGAUAUGACGAUUUUUCCAAAAUUUAUUAUGUUGUUGGGGUUUGUGGUUUUUGUUUUAAUUUGCUUUAAUUAAAUAAAAGUCCUCUAAGGCAGAUGGAAUGUGUACAAUGUCAGAAAGACUAGCUGGCAGAAAGGGAUGCUUUUCUGGUCAGUGUGUGUGUGCCUUACAAGGGGGCGUGUGCUCUCUCCCAUCCCUUCUCCACAGACUGGCAAGCGUGUGGGCAAGGUGCUGCAUGCCUCCUUGCAGAGUGUUCUGCACAAGGAAGAAAGCCUGGGGCCCAAGAGACAGAAAGUUGGAUUCCUGGGAUGAUUUGCACAUCAACUGCUCAACUGUGGAUUGUUUUUUAUUUUUCCUUUUAAACCGGUUUGUAUAUAUUUUUCUUCGCUGUUACGAAUUUACAGCAACAUUUGUACAUGUAAAAUUAAAGGCUAUUUUCUGGUC